AUGUCUUUCAAGAAAUCCGCAAGCAGCCGGAAGCCGGCCGGCACGCUCGAGAUCUUGGACGGCAAGAAGAUCCUCGAGCUGGUGCAGGACGAAGCGGCAUUCACGGCGCACCUCACGGCGGCCUUCGAUGAGCUCGACGCCGACAAGAGCGGCACUUUGAGCCGCGCGGAACUGCGCCCGGCGUUUCUCCGCAUUGCGCGCCUGGGGGGCCUGCCGGAGCCGGGCAGCAGGGCGGAGUUGGACCGCGCGGUGGACGCGGUGUUCGGGCUGCGGGAGGGCGGAGACGACGAGCGGGGCGUGCUGGGGAAGGACGAGUUCGUGGCCGUGUCCAAGGACGUGCUCACUGACAUCGCCGCCUCGCUCGCAGGUCCCACCGCACCUGCUCAUGCUCAUCGCCACGUCGCUGCGCGCCAUUGUCGCCACGGCUCGUUCGUUCCGUGCGCGCGCGCAUCUCCACCGUGCACUCAUCCGCCUGCACGCGUGCCUCGGCCAUGGUCCACGGAGCCGCUCCUCGUGCAGGUGUUCAACGGAGCGGCGCUGCGCCACGUGGCGGGUAGCGCGGAGCAGCGAGCGGCGGUGGCGGAGGCGGCGUUCAAGCAGAUGGAUAAGGACGGCAGCGGCAAGCUGUCGAAGCAGGAGCUGCUGCCCGUGCUCGCCGCGCUCGGUAUCGACGGCAUGCCGCCUCCCCAAGUGGCGGACGCCAUGCUGUCGGCGCUGCUGGAGGAGUACGCAGCGGGCGCGGAGGAGAUGGAGCGCGAGCAGUUCGAGGAGCUGUUUUCACAGCUGGCGGCGGGCAUGGCGGACCUGCUCGAGGCGCAGCCUGCCGUCGCCGUGGAGGCGGCGGUCGUGCUCAACGGAGGGAUGCUCAGAAAGAUGCUCGCGAGCAAGGAGCUCUUCGAGGAGGAGGCCAGCUCGCUCUUUGCUGACUGGGACGUCAGCAAGUCGGGUCAACUGUCACGCGCUGACGUCAUCAGCGGGCUACGGCGGCUGGGCAUGGCGUGGGGGCUGCCCCCGCAGCAGGGCGGGGAGACGGACGCGCUGUUCGCAGACCUGUUCGCGGCGGCGGACUUCGACAGCAGCGGGUCCGUGGACCGCGAGGAGUUCUCCGCGCUGCUGUUCGCGCUGCUGACGUCCAUCGCUGGGCAGCUGGAGCAGAACCCCAUCGUGCUGGGCGUCAGCGUGCUCGUGGACCUGCCGGUGGGCGGCGAGGUGCUGGACGGCAAGAAGCUGCAGCAGCUCGUGGCGGACGAGGCGCAGAUGGACGCGUUCCUCGCCACCAAGUUCGACCUGCUGGACCGCAACAGCGACGGCCGCCUGUCGCGCGCGGAGCUGCAGCCCGCGUUCCUGCAGGUGGCGCAGCUGCUGGGGCUGCCGCCGCCCGGCACACAGGAGCAGCUGGACGCGUUCGUGGCGGGCAUGUUCGCGAGUGUGGUGUCGGACGACCCCCACGCCACUGUGGACCGUGACACCUUCGUUGACUUCCUCUCAUGCACUGUACCACACUUCCCCACAUCUUCUCUCCUCGCCCCUCCCCUGCGACCGCCCUUCCCCACCGUCGCCCUCCGCCCCGUGCGUGGCCGAGCAGAGGAUCCGCUGGUGCUCUUCUCGUUGGACGGGGCGCGCCUACGGCAGCUGCUGGCGCCGGAGGCGGAGGUGGAGUUUGAGGGCAUGGCGGGGGAGGUGUUCACAGCCAUCGACACGGACGGCAACGGCGUGCUGUCCUUCUCCGAGCUCAGCCCCGCGCUGCAGGCCAUGGGCGUCGCCAUGGGCCUCCCCCCCGCUGGCUUGAGGGAGAACGCGGACACGGUGGUGGCGGACGUGGUGGCGGAGUACGGGCAGGGCAAGCGCGAGCUGAGCCGCACGGACUUCAGUGCGCUGCUGCGCGACAUGCUGGGGGACGUGGCGGCGCGCCUGGAGGAGCACCCCGUGCUGCUGGGCCACAGCGCCACCGUGCUCAACGGCUCGCGCCUGCGCAAGUUGCUGCAGAGCCCAGAGCAGCUGGAUGCGGUGGCGGAGGAGCUGUUCCGCGACUGGGACACGCAGCACAAGGGCAAGCUGUCCUGCCGGGACGUCUGCGCGGGGCUGGCGGGGCUGGGCCCGUCGCUGGGGCUGCCACCGCCCGUGGCCAAGGACGCGGAGGGGUUCUACCGCGAGCUGUUCGUGGCGGCGGACAUGGACGACAGUGGAUUCCUGGACCGCAGCGAGCUGCGCUCCAUGCUGCAGUCACUCUUUGAGAAACUCGCGAGCGAGCUGGAGGCCAAGCCCCUCGUUCUCGAAUGCACCGUCAUCUCCACCUGA